AUGUUUGAUACAGACACAGUUGUCACUGAGACACAGUUGUCACUGGGGGAGGUGGUAUGUGUUGCCAACUGCAGUGAGCCUGGGUGUUCACGUGUGGCUGUACACACACUCCGCAGUGCUGCCACCCAGACAACACUACUCAAGCUGCAAUUCUCUGGAGAUGAACAGGGUUUAUUUAUGUUAAUAGCUAUGUUUGAUACAGACACAGUUGUCACUGGGGGAGGUGGUUUGUGUUGCCAACUGCAACACAGUUGUCACUGGGGGAGGUGGUAUGUGUUGCCAACUGCAGUGAGCCUGGGUGUUCACGUGUGGCUGUACACACACUCCGCAGUGCUGCCACCCAGACAACACUACUCAAGCUACAUUUCUCUGGAGAUGAACAGGACACAGUUGUCACUGGGGGAGGUGGUAUGUGUUGCCAACUGCAGUGAGCCUGGGUGUUCACGUGUGGCUGUACACACACUCCGCAGUGCUGCCACCUGGACAGCACCACUCAAGCUGCAAUUCUCUGGAGACACAGAUCUAAAUGAUUGGCUCGCUAAUCUAACUUCCGUUUGUUGUCAGAUGAUGGGGCUGGAAGGAAAGCCAGGCAAGGGCUCUGUGUGGACAACCACCCGGCUGGGAGAAGUCUUUUGCUUUGAUCCUGUUACUUUCCAGACAGCUCAGUACAAGGAUGGUUUGUACUGUCAGAAGCUUAAUGUGAGGCAGGGAAACAGUUGGUUAUUGACAAACGGCUUUGCUCCAGGAUCUCGUCUGGUCCUUAACGGAACAGUUAAUGACGGUGCUGACAGGUUCAACGUGGACCUGGUCUGUGAGGGAAUGUCAGAUCGAGUGAUAGCGUUCCACUUCAAUCCGAGGUUCAGUGACCGUGUAGUCGUCCGCAACUCUAUGACUGCAGGCCAGUGGGACACGGAAGAGAGAGAGGGAGCUCUGACUAUCGGUCCGGGACAGGACUUCAGUCUGGAACUCAUCUGCCAAGAUGAGGGAUAUAAGGUUCUUGUUAAUGGAAUGGUGUUCACCUACUUUGAGCAUCGCCACAAGCCUCAAGGAAUCACUCACCUGGAACUAAGAGGAGAUGCUCAACUACAUGAAGGCUUCUACUACUCCAAGAGGCCUGUAGUGCCAAUGUCGGAGAUAUUCUGGCGUCAGAUGGGAGGACACUUACAGAGGGUUGAAACCACAGAGAGUGGGGUGACAUGGGGAGUAGGGGCAGACAACACACCCUGGGCGUACACUGGUGGAUGGGGCGGAUCUGUACUGCUUGGUCUGGAGCGCACCAUGGUGGGGAUUCACCCGAUGACUGACACUUACCACUGUUACGUGUAUGAGAACCAGAGAUGGAACCCUCUGAGUGGCUUCACAACGCGAGGUCUCCCUACAGACCGACCCAUGUGGAGCGACUCAACUGGCCGCGUCAAACGAUCCAAAGAGACAACACGGCUCUUGUCCAUGCAUUGGCAGUGGUUGGGAGACUGGUCUAUAGACUUCAGUACUCCUGGAGGAGUAGACAAGGAGGGGUGGCAGUAUGCAGUAGACUUCCCCCGUUGCUACCAUGCGACCAAGCAUUUGACAGACUAUGUUCGUAGGCGCCGCUGGGUGCGUCGGUGUCGUCUAACCACUACUGGGCCAUGGCAGGAAGUUGGCAACACCAAGAUCACUGAUGUUUCUCUUCAGAGCUUGGCAGCCAGCAACAGUGUGGCAGUGUGGGGAGUUGGAGCUAACGGUGACGCACUUUAUAGAAAAGGAGUUUCUCUGGAUAACCCAAUUGGAGAGUCGUGGGAACAUGUGUCAUGUGACCAGCCGCUGUGUAGUGUCAGCUGCGGCCCCAACAACCAGAUGUGGGCCGUAGGAAGGAACGGCUCUGUCUACUGGAGGUUCGGCAUCACCUCCUCAAACCCGAUGGGUGAGGUGUGGGAGUGUGUGGAGCCACCUCUAGGUCCCACACUGAAGCAAGUGUCUGUGGGCUUGUGGUGUAUCUGGGUAGUCAUCUGUGAAGGCAAGGUGUUUGACUUGGUAUGUAUUGCAGGUGAGGUGUGGAAGUGUGUGGAGCCACCUCUAGGUCCCACACUGAAUCAAGUGUCUGUGGGCUUGUGGUGUAUCUGGGUGGUCAUCUGUGAAGGCAAGAUGUUUGACUUGGUAUGUAUUGCAGGUGAGGUGUGGGAGUGUGUGGAGCCACCUCUAGGUCCCACGCUGAAGCAAGUGUCUGUGGGCUUGUGGUGUAUCUGGGUAGUCAUCUGUGAAGGCAAGAUGUUUGACUUGGUAUGUAUUGCAGGUGAGGUGUGGGAGUGUGUGGAGCCACCUCUAGGUUCCACGCUGAAGCAAGUGUCUGUGGGCUUGUGGUAUAUCUGGGUAGUCAUCUGUGAAGGCAAGAUGUUUGACUUGGUAUGUAUUGCAGGUGAGUUGUGGGAGUGUGUGGAGCCACCUCUAGGUCCCACGCUGAAGCAAGUGUCUGUGGGCUUGUGGUAUAUCUGGGUAGUCAUCUGUGAAGGCAAGAUGUUUGACUUGGUAUGUAUUGCAGGUGAGGUGUGGGAGUGUGUGGAGCCACCUCUAGGUCCCACGCUGAAGCAAGUGUCUGUGGGCUUGUGGUAUAUCUGGGUAGUCAUCUGUGAAGGCAAGGUGUUUGACUUGGUAUGUAUUGCAGGUGAGGUGUGGGAGUGUGUGGAGCCACCUCUAGGUCCCACGCUGAAGCAAGUGUCUGUGGGCUUGUGGUGUAUCUGGGUAGUCAUCUGUGAAGGCAAGAUGUUUGACUUGGUAUGUAUUGCAGGUGAGGUGUGGGAGUGUGUGGAGCCACCUCUAGGUCCCACGCUGAAGCAAGUGUCUGUGGGCUUGUGGUGUAUCUGGGUGGUCAACUGUGAAGGCAAGAUAUUUGUCCGCAAGGAGGUGACAUCAGUGUUUCCCGAGGGCACUCACUGGCAAGCAGUCAUAGACGCUGGCAGUGGACCUAAGGAUUCAGAUAUUGUAAUGAAGUCCGUGUCAGUGGGAGGAUCUGAGGUGUGGGCAAUCACCAACAGCGGAGUCGUCAGUCGAAGACUGGGAGUCACCCUUGACAAUCCUGCUGGCACUUCUUGGCUCUUUGGUCUAGAGGGCAACUGGAGGAGCGUUAGUGCCAGAGGGUUCACAGAGCUGCCUCUGCGUUAGUGAUUAUAUAUAUAUAAAACAGAUUAGACAAUGCACUGUCAACAAUAACGUUAAGUGAGUUAAACCUAGUCUUCAUCAUGGUUUUAACAAACCAUAAUCAAUAUUUGUGAUCUUCUAGAGUAUGUGGCUAUAGUGCUGUGUGAUAUUUCUAGUCAUUCCAAGGCAUAUGAGGUAUUUUAUUUAAAUUGGUAAAUUUUGGAAAUAUAGUUAUCGGUAGUUAGAGUUUACUUUGAGAUUAACAUCACAGUUCCCUUUGUUUAUUUAAGUUAUCCCCACCCUUACAUAAAUAUUUUUGGGUAUUGUCCAACUACCUAAUGGUUUUAUUUUUUAGUAUGAGUUGUAUAUUUUAUAGUUAUUUCAAGUGUUCUUUAGAAUUACAUUUAUAUCUAUUAAAGAGGAACUAUGUAUGUAUGUAUGUAUGUAUAUAUGUAUGUACCUAAUGGAUUCCGAAACCGCUCGACAGAUUGUAAGGAAACUUUCAGGGCAUUAUUAAGCGUUAUUCAAGGAUGGUUUGUGUGAAGUUUGGAGCAGAUCCGUGAAAAGGGCUCAGCCCCAGAGCGUUUUAAGAGGUCCAAUGUCAGACUUUUGGAACUACAAUGUUUACACAUAAAUAUAAUUUAUAGUUCGGCCGCUUAGAAAACGACCUGCGCGCUUAUGCUAAACCAAUGCUAGAGGAGGUCAUUUUCUAAGCGGCCGAACUAUAAAAGCAGAUGUUUACUUUCACCAACUGUUGGUUUGAAUAAUCACAACAUUCUGUAUUAGUCAUGAUUUAGAAUAUUGCCACAAUAUUUCCACAGAAUGCAGCACAGAAAACUAUUUUACUUUUAGAUAAGUUCAAAUAUAUUAAACCCCAAUUGCAGCACACCUGUGCACUCAACGUUUAAAUUCUCCCCUACUGUAAUAAAUAUGUAAACAUAAAAAGUAAAAACUAAAAUUAACAGAGACUGAGGAUGGGUUUUGAUAAAAAGCCUAAAUAUACCAGUUUUUUAGUAAUUGUGUAUAAUAAUAAACUAACCAACACACGUAGACUUCUCAUUCCAUUGUAAAUUUUGAAGCACGUUUUUUGUGUCUAGUUCAUGUACGGUGACACUGGGUGCUAGUGUCAACAAAGUUUUGUUUGUAUUAUUUUAGGGUUAAUUUCUUGAUUUGCGCUUACUGUUUGUUUGGUCAUAUAACUAGGGGACAAAUUAUUGUUUAUGAUUAUAUCUUUUUAUUUGGUUAAAAGAGGUUUUAAAUUACUGAAAUAACAAAAUUUGAUGAAAUGAAAUUUGAUGAAAAUUACUGAAAUACAAGAAACAAAUUGUAAACAAAAUACCUCUACAGUACACUGUACAGAACUAACUAUAAAAUUGUCUUCAAAUGUUCCAUAAGGAUAAGAAAUCUAAUAAGGCAGUAUGUUUUAUCCAUGGUAUUAUUUAGUGACUAGCUGGCCCGACAGACGUCGUCCUGUCCUAAUGUUGUUUUAUGUCAAAUACUCGUUAAUUUUCAAGAUGAGCUUGUUCCUGGUCGAAGUUCGUUCGCUACGCUCACUCACCUAUAGGUUGGAGCUCGUUCGCUGCGCUCACUUGCCUUCAGGUUAGCUCGUUCGCUACGCUAACUCGCCUCCAGGUUGAAGUUCGUUAACUACGCUCACUCACCUUUUGGUUGCAAAUUAGUUGUUGUCAUAAAUUUAAAAAUAAUAAUAGUGCUGCACCCUGUUGGUAAACCUAUUAACUUUUUAACGCUAUUGAACAUCACAGAAUCAAAUUGUUUAGUUUAACCAGCUGUUAAGAUUCUUUAAUUCCAUUUAAAUACGAGUAUACUCAUAAGGUUAACAUGGGAAACUCCAGAGCCACUGGGGCCCCUUGACCCUUCUCUUCCCUUGACCCCCUCCCCUUUGACGGAUCUGCACCAAACUUCACACAAACCAUCAUUGAAUAAUGCUUAAUAAUGCCUGAAAGUUUAAUUACAAUCUGUCGAGCGGUUUCAGAGUCCAUAAAGGAAUAACAAACAAACAAACAUACAUUGGAUUUUAUAUAUAGUUCAAGCAAAUAAGUCCAAAUAAGGAAAAAUAGAGGAACGAAUCUAUGUAUUCCCAAUUUUUUCAAAAAUGUGUCAGGGAGGGUCCCCUAAUGAAUAUAUGAUAGGUGAGAAUAAAAUCACCCUGCCGCUCUCUGGUGGUGGGAGGUGUAAAUGCCCCAAUUUGCGGUUUUUUGCUUAUUACUUGAAAACGGUGUGUGUUGUAGCUUAAAUUGUUCAAUGUAAAAGUUCAUCUCACAUUUUUUGUAAAAACUUAUUUGUUUCUCCUUUUCUGUUAUUUUUCAGAAAUAUUGACGGGAAGAAGGUUGUAGAUAAUAAAAUUUACUUCAAUAGUAUAUACAAAUAUGUAAAUAGAUAAGAUGUAGGUAUAAAGUUACAGCGAUUUUAAGAUUAAAAGAGAAAAUCAUGAAUUACACAAAUAGUUGCAAAGUUUUGAUUUUUUAUCAUUGCACGAUUUGAUGGUUUCUGAUAAUUGUUUAGGCC